CCUAAAACCUUUCUCCUUCUGCAACCGCGGCCGCCCGUUCCCUCCUAAUCUUAACAAUUGCAGGGAAACCUCUGCGACUAAUCUAUCGAGGGCUGCCAUGGGCCGCGUUCGCACCAAGACCGUGAAGAAGUCCUCUCGGCAGGUGAUCGAGAGGUACUACUCUCGGAUGACCUUGGACUUCCACACCAACAAGAAGAUGUUGGAGGAGGUCGCCAUCAUUCCUUCGAAGCGCCUGCGCAACAAGAUCGCCGGAUUCUGUACCCACCUCAUGAAGCGAAUCCAGAGAGGCCCUGUUCGUGGAAUCUCUUUGAAGCUCCAGGAAGAAGAGCGCGAGCGGCGUAUGGACUUCGUGCCUGAGGAAUCUGCCAUUAAGACCGAUGUCAUCGAGGUCGACAAGGAGACGAUCGACAUGCUUGCUGCCCUUGGAAUGGCUGACCUACCCGGCGUUGUCAAGCAGGCCGAAACUGCUCUCCCUCCUCCCGCUUUCGGUAGGGGCGGUGCUGCACGGAGAUACUGAAGUGUUAGGUGUGAAUGGGUUGGUCGGGAAGUAAGGUUGGUGUUAACUGUAGUCCUCGCACAUAUUUUAGGCUCCAUUUGAGGCUGGUGAUACUGUUAUUGUAGUUUGUCAUUCUAGUUUUACUUCUUACAUUAAAGGUAGUAUAUAUAUUUAAUUUUGGACUUGUAGAAAGACGACAUUUGAAAUUUUGCUGCUUAUAAUUUUCUUAAAUUUCAUUUUAAUUUAAAAAAUAAUGUCUUCUAUAUUAUGGAUAAUGGAUUCCAUUUUUUGCUGGUGUA